CUGGAAGCCUUGUUAUUAUCGUGGAAGUCUGUAUCUGUUGGCGUGGACUGACGUGGAAAGGAAAGAAGACAGGAGCCUGCAGACUGGAGUUUUCAGGAAACCCACACACGGACCAAUACCUACUGUUCGAUUCCCACCACCCACUGGAACACAAGCAAGGGGCCAUCAGAUCCCUGUGCCCAAGCCAGAGAGAAGGAACAGAAGCACCUGCAGGGGCCACUUUCAGAUCCAGGAAGAAGACCGACCCUAUGGGGGACGAGGAGAAGAAGGUCAAACGCCACAACGUUGAGAGUCAAUCUCCAUCAUUCCCAAGUGAAAUCUACCAAACUCUGAGCGCCACUAAAUGUUCUGAUGUGAUCAGCUGCUAGAACUCUGGACUGACUGAAGCAGGGACUCUUGGGAGCUGAAGCUUCACUGCUGUACAGACCUGGGGCCUCAUUUAGAAAUGCUGUGUACGUCCAAAACAGGGCUGGAAACGUGCGGACGCCGCUUCCCAAACAAAGGCUGGGAUCUCUAAAAGCAGAGCUGACGGGAGAAUGAGAAAGGAAAUGAAAGAGGAGAGAAGAGAAACGGCGCCUCAAAUGGCAGAACUAUGAAACGCUUUGAAAUGAAGAGGCCGACUAUUGUGUCAACUAAAUCCAAAUCUUCCCUCUGAGUAUUCCAGGCUUAAAGCCUUUCUGAAGAAACAAACAGCCGUUUGAUUGGUCGAAGUGCGCAAUAAAAACAUCAUUUAAGAUCAUUUGCAGCCACAAAAAGAUCCAGAUUCAGGAUCAGAAACACAAACAGAGAUUCUGUCUCUGCAAAAGAAGGCCUCAGAUCUGUUGGACAGUUUAAUCAGGAGUCAGAUUCAUUAAUACCUGCAUGCAGCACUUUAUUCUCCUCAAUAAGGUGAACAGGAGACAAACGACAUUUAAACUGAUGCCGUUUUCAGAGCGUCAGCAAACACCAGAGCAGAGAUUCACAUAUUGUUCUCACAUGUUCGUCGCCUUAUGGAGCCAAACGCUGAGCGCCAGCGUGUGGACGUGACGCGCUGCUUGUAAAAACACGUCUUUUGGGCGCACGGACACUUUCAGUGAGGAUUCUACGCACAGUUUUCUAAACGAGGCCCCUGGAAAGCAGCAUGUGCAGUCCCUUCAGUCAGGAGGCUCCUGUUCAGAACAACUUCAUCAACAGCACUGACUAAAGAAGAAAACGCUGUGGGUUUUUGUUGCUAAACUCUCCAGCAGAGGUCAGUGUUGCUCCACUGAUCUGCUGUGUUGUUAACUCAUGAGUGUACAGCUGUGUGUUCUCUCCUCCUCGACACUCUGGAAACAGGAAGAUUGAAAGAGCGUGCGAUACAUAUUAACUCUGUGUGAACGACUCAGCUUACCCGUCCUCAGGUAAAGUCCAGGCUCUGGCAGACCACUCCAGGUCCCACAAGCCUCCCUGAUGGAACUGUUCUCACUGAGUUUGACACCAUCGAGGUCUGUGAAUGUUUGCUUCUGUUCAUAUCUGGCUUUUAACAUGUGAUGUGGCCCCGAAAGGAUGUUUUAAUCCAGUCUGUGCUGUUUUAUGGAUCAUUUGCAGCUGGAAAAUAGCAGCGGUGGACGAAGGAUUCAGAUCCUUUACAGUAAAAGUACAAAUACCUCACUGUAAAAAUACUCUGUUAGUCAAUUGGAUGAUUGAAGUGUGAAGAAACAGACAUAUUUCUUCAUUUAACACACAGGAGCGUCAGCAGCGUGUGAAGAAGCAUCCACAGCCACAACAGCCUGGCAGCUCCUCAUGCUGCUCAGCAGCCUGCUCACACACUGCUGUCAGAUACUGUCAGAUACUACAAGCAGAGGAAGAAGACGGCAUUACUGGAAGAAGGAUGUCUGAUUUCAAAUGCUGGCUGAAGAAUGGGAUGCCAUCCCACAGCAGUGUGUGCCAAGAAGCACUGUUACAACAAAGAAACACAUUUCAUCUGACACUAACUAGCUAGCGUGGUUAGCGCCGCGCACAUGUUCAGAUCCUAAAAACAGAAGGAGCGACGACACCAUCUUCUCCCACUCCUGGACUUGAACCCGAACCAUCUGGACGGGAACCAGGAGUCCUGACCGCAGGACCAUUUGGGCCAACAGUACAAAGAGUUCUUGUUUAAUUGUAAAUGAUGAGACGAGCAGCUCGAUAACCAAAUGAUUAGAAAGUCAACAGCCAGGAAGUCCAUCAUCCAGAGUUUCCUCUCCAGACUGAUGGAGGUGGAUCUUCUGCAGGUUCCUCCCUCAGUCUGAUCUUCUUCCUCUCCCUGCUUGUUGGUCUUCAUCGGUACUGAAGACGGUCCGGUGGUGAAGGACGCCGACCGGCAACCUGGAGACGAGGGUUCAAACCUCGGCUCGGACUCUCUGAGUCACGUGGUACGGCCGGCUCGCGAGGACGUCACCACAUACGUCACCAACACGAGAUACGCGCUCUACAAACCCCUCCCUGGAUCAGUGGACGCGGAAGGACACACCUGUGUGGAGCCUUUUCUCCGCAGGAGUCCAGUCUUCUUCUUCAGCACUCUGAGGAAACUUUUCCUUCAGGUCUAAAAUACUGCCUGACUUUAGCAGGGAGCCACGAUGACGAGCGUGGACCUUUUGAACACUCUGGAGGAUUUAAGUGACGAGGAAUUCAAGAAGUUCAAAUGGUCUCUGAAGCAGCCUGUCCUGGAAGGAUACCAACCCGUCAAAGCAUCCAAGCUGGAGAAGGCAGACAGGCCAGAUACAGUGGAUCUGAUGUUGAACACCUAUAAACCUGAUGGAGCUCUGAAGGUGACCAAGAAGGUCUUAGAGGAGAUACCCAGGAACGACCUGGUGCAGAGUCUGACAGACACCAUCUCAGGACCAGAAGAGGAGGCUCUUCUGAAGACGCUGCCAGAGGCCAAAGCCUCCAACACAGCUCUAGUGAGUGUCAGUAACCUCUCAGAGAGAAGCUGUGAAGCUCUGUCCUCUUCUCUGAGAGAGCUGGACCCGAGUAGCAACAACCAGCAGAAGGUAGAAGAAGGUCGAAGGGUGGAGCCUGCUGGAGUCCGAUGGUUGAGACCAGGUCUGAGGAAGUAUUCCUGUGAACUCACAAUCGACACAAACACAGUAAGCAAAUGGAUCAAACUGUCUGACAACAACAGGAAGGCAAUGCGUGUGGAGGAGGAUCAGUCAUAUCCUGAUCAUCCAGAGAGGUUUGGCCGCUGUCAGCUGCUGUGUACAGAUGGUCUGACUGGUCGCUGUUACUGGGAGGUCGAGUGGAGACGAGGAGUUUCUAUAUCAGUGAAUUACAGAGGAAUCAGAAGGAGAGGAGCCAAAGAAGAAUGUGUGUUUGGAAUGAAUGAUCAGUCCUGGAGUCUGAGCUGCUCUGAUGAUAGUCGUUACUCUGUCAGGCACAAUAACGUAACAAUACCCACCUCCUACUCCUCCUCCUCCUCCUCCAGAGUAGCAGUGUAUGUGGACUGUCCUGCUGGCUCUCUGUCCUUCUUCAGAGUCUCCUCUGACACACUGAUCCACCUCCACACCUUCAACACCACAUUCACUGAACCUCUUUAUCCUGGCUUUGGGUUCUGGCCUGGUUCCUCAGUGUCUCUGUGUUCUGUGUAGGAGGGAGAGCCAGACUUGAACCCCGUCCAACAUCUCUGACUGUGAGCCAGACCUGAUCACCAGCAUCCGUGUUGGACCUCCAACAUGUUUUAAAGGGUUUUAAGCGUCAAAAGUGGUUUAAUGUUUGUCGCUGGUUAAGUGCUUUUAAGGUGGUAUUUAAGUUUAAGACAGUUAUGUAUUUUCUAAGGUGGUAUUAGUAUGUUUGAUAUGUUUUUAAGGUGGUAUUAGUUUGUUUAAGACAGUUACAUGGUUUUAAGGUGGUAUUAGUAUGUUUAACAGAGUUAUAUAGUUUUUGAAGGUGGUCCAGUCCUGUGGUCUUGUGAUUUUUAAGGUGGUAUAAGUUUAAAAUGGAACAAAAUGGAUGAAUGUAAAUCAAGAUUAGACAGAUGGUUAAAUACAGAUCUUUCUCUGUUUAAUCGCAUUUAUAACCAAAACCAAAAGCCUUUCCAGGUGUAUUUACCCAGCCUGCUCUCUGUCUAUCCCCAACAAAGCUACCAAAACCAUCAAGACAUUAAACUUUGAUUACAUCUGGAAAAGAUGUACCAUUAUCUGACUGUAGUGAUAUAGAUGAUGUAGAUGGUGGGCUACAAGCCACAGACUUUGACUGUAUAAAUGGUUCAGAGUCUUUCUAGCAAACAGUAGACGCUUCUGGUAUUGUGUCUCCAGGGAAUUGUUUAAAGAAAUUGGAGGUAUUAAUUUACUUUAUUUACUUGUGAUUUUGAUUUUGAUGUUCCAAAACUUUCUAUAAAACUGUUGCAUUUCA